AUGACUGCGUCUUUGACAGACGAGAUUGACACAACAAAUGACGACUUACAAGCUCUCGCGCGAAACGUGGCUGCCUGGUCGAGGGAAGCGGCCUUGCUGUCAAGGGACAUAAGAGAAGAGGCGCUGCUUUUGGAACUUGGCCGUCAAGCUGACCGGGUUGCUGCCAGCGAAGCGCAAAACCGCGAGCUCCAAAAAAAAGAGCGCGUGUACAGGCUAAGCGUUGAGAACAACGAGCUACGCCGGGAGCUGCGACAGCUUGUCCGCAUCUGCAAGCUUCUGUUGGACCGCUCGCAUGCGGAUGGCCACUGGGUAUGGGAGCCCUCCAGCCGCGGUCGCCGGCCCAGCCGCACACCGCUGCUGCCGGAAUCGCACCUGGAGGACAGCUACGACUCUGAGCGCUGGUGCAGCCGCGAUUUCUAUGUCGAUAACUCCAGAGCUAGCUCGCCGGGGGUACGGCACGCCAUGCGACCCGCCAGCACCGGAGGCGCCUGCGGCAGCUCUCGCUCUGCCCGGCCGUGUGAGCCAGCGGCUCCGAAGGCGGCGUCCGGCAGCGGCCGGCGUCGGUUGUCGUACAGCGGCUCGUUUGACUCGGCGAGGAUUGCUGCAGAGUUGGAGGGGCUGACGGAGAUUAACGCGGCGUAUGUGGUGGUGGCGGAUAGGGCCGAAGCGGAUGUGAAGGCCGAUCCGAACCGGCUGGCCUCGCGGCAGGGGACCGGCUCCCCGGCUGGUAGCGCCGCUGUCGCUGCUCGUCCCGCCUCUGCUCCGGGCUCCCCUCGCUCACCCGGUGGCAUCGGGCACACUAAGAAGCAUGCGGCGGAGCAGGCGUCCAAGUUCAAUCAGGAGAUGGAUCGCGAGCGGCGCCAGAUGGGCGCUGCGCUGGCGGAAGUGGAUGAUGCUCUAGAGGAGUUGAAGCUCGAGGUACAGCGACGCAGCGGCAGCGGUGGUGGCGCCUCUGCCGCUGCCUCUGCCGCUGCCUCUGCCUCAGGAGAAGGCAGCGGGGCCCGCGUCUUCUGGGUCAAGACCGGUAUCACCGGAAACACGGCGGCGGCGGCAGCACGAGGAGGAGGCUCGCUGUACGGCAACCGCAGCGAAGCGCCAUCGACAGUGAGGCGCGACACUGUACGCACGCAUCGAAGUGGAGGCACAUCGUACAGCCGCCCACUGGCUCGGCUUGAUACGGUGCUGCAAACGGAGGUGGAGAAGCUUAAGCUAAUCAACAAGACGCUCGCUAACACGUUGCACUCGUACAAUCGCGUUACGGACCGCCUGGAGGACAUGUCGGCGUCGGCGUUCACUGGAAUGGGCGUGCCGAGGGUCAUAAACUCCUCGAGAUAUCCUGCCGUCGCCUCCGCCUCCGUGGCACUGGCAGCGCUAUCGCCGUCUCCACCCCGUUCGAAAACACGUUCACCCGUUCGCUAUAACGCUUCCGUGUCAACGACGUACGGCAGGUCAUCGAACUCAUCCGUACCAACUGCUCCGAUGUCCGCGGGCGGGCACCUACGUCCGGAGGAGCUUCAUGUGUCUUGGGCACCGACGACAUUGGUGCGUGGGCGUCCGUACGGCAGCGGCGGCGGAUUACAUUAUGGCGGGGGAGGAAGGGAAGCUCGCUGGAUGGAGUCUAACUUGGAUGAGCAGUUGUACACCAUACGUCGGCAGCUGCAAGCGCUGCGGCACGACAUUGUCAACGAGAGGCUGGCGGCGCUGACGGCGUCCGCUUCGAGUGCCGCCCUUGCGGCCACGUCGCCGGCGGCCCUUCGAAGGAGGACCUGCGGCAGCGGCGGCGGCGUCCGCGCUUUGGAUGACGGGCCGGCGGUGCCGUACCGUGAUGCCGACAGGCUGGCGCGCCUCCAGGAAGAGAUUUCGGCGCUGCGCCGGCAUAUGCGAGACGACCGGCGCUGGUAUAGUAAGGAUGCUGAAUCGAUGGUUUCGGAGCGCACGGCCAAAUUCCGCGACUUGCAGCGCCGAAUUGAGCGCCUUACGACAUCGGCAAUCUGA